AGAGCGGGAGGCGGGAUUUCGUCUCCAAUCUGAGUUCCGGUUUGAGUUCCUGUUCAGUUGUUUAGGUUCGCUUCGUGUUGUUGUUUACUCUGCUACGACCUUUACUUUCAGGAUGAGUCAGUGGGACUCACUGCAGCAGCUCGACUCGGUCUACAUGAACAAACUGGACGAACUUUACAGCCAUGACAGGUUCCCCAUGGACGUACGCCAUUACCUGUCCUCCUGGAUAGAGAGUCAGAACUGGGUGGGGGCAGCCACUGAUGUGUCCUUGGCCAGCAUUCUUUUCCAAGUGCUCCUGGAGAAGCUGGACAACCAGCACAGCCGAUUUGUGCAAGAGCGGGACUGCUUCGUCCUGCAGCGAAACUUCCGCCGCUUUAAACAGAACUUCCAGUAUCGGUAUCAAGAGAAACCCCACGAUCUGGCCAUGGUCAUGUCGUGGUUACUGAUCAAAGAGCGGGAGAUCCUGGACAGUGCUCAGCUUGCGCAGCAGGUGCAGGUUCUCCAGGUCCACCAGAGCCCAGUGGAGAUGGACAGCCAGCAUGACAUUGCCCAGCAGAUGACCAAGCUGAAAAACCGAGUCCAGGAAAUGGAGCACAAUGUCAAGUUGCUGGAGGAGCAACAGGAUGAAUUUGACUUCAAGUAUCAGACGCGGAUGAUGGAAGGCAGCACCAGUGAUGAGGAGCAGAGGCAGCAGAAGAACAUCUUGCAGGUCCUGCUGAAUAGGCUGAAUACUGCCAGGAAGGCCCUGAUCACAGCCAUGAUUGAGAUUCUGAAGUUGGCGGAGGAGCUGCUCACAGUCAUUGUCAAUGGAGAGCUGGUAGAGUGGCACAAGAGGCAGCAGAAGUCCUGCAUCGGGUCCAAGGAGGACGUGGAUCUGAGCUACCUGGAGAACUGGUUCACCAUGGAGGCAGAGUGCCUCUUCCAGGUGAGGAAGUUCUUGAAAAAGAUGGAAGAGCUUUCUGGAAAGGUGACGUAUGAUAACGAUCCCUUCAAGCUAAAGAAGCCCACGCUGCAGAGGACGACGGACGAGCUGCUCGUAGUGCUGCUGAAGAGCGCCUUCGUGGUGGAGACACAGCCCUCCAUGCCACAGGGGAAGGGUCCGCUGAUCCUUCGCACCAACGUGCAGUUCUCUGUGAAAACUCGGCUCCUGGUCAAAGUCCCUGAGCUGAACCACGUAAUGAAAGUGACAGUAACUAUGGACAGGGAUGCCCCCCAGGUGAAAGGGUAUCGAAGGUUCAACGUGCUGGGAAACAGCACCAAGGCGCUGAACAUGAUUGAGAGUAGCAGUGGGGGCAUGGUGGCUGACUUCAGGCAUCUGAUAUUGAAGGAGAAGAAAAAUGGAGUUGGGGGCAAAGGAGUGCAUGAGAUUUCACUGAGCGUCACCGAGGAGCUGCACACCAUCUCCUUCCAGACGGAGUUUGAGCUGCACGGGCUGUCAGUCACCUUGCAGACGUCCUCGCUUCCCGUGGUGAUUAUCUCCAACUCCAGCCAGCAGCAGGCUGCCUGGGCCUCUGUGUUGUGGUUCAACAUGGUGUCCACAGACCCCUCGGUGAGAGGCCACAUGGAGAAUAUCAGCUUCUUCAACAACCCCUCUCCUGCCACGUGGUCCCAGCUGGCAGACAUGCUGAGCUGGCAGUUUCUGGCCGCCACGGAUCGCGGACUCGACCCCGACCAGCUGGAGAUGAUCGCGCAGAAAUUACUUGGCCAGCAGCUGACAUAUAGCAACUGUCCAAUUUCCUGGACCAGGUUUUCGAAGGAAAACAUGCCUGGCUCCAACUUCUCGUUCUUCAUAUGGUUUGAUGGGAUCCUUGUCCUUGUGAAGAACUAUCUGGAGGAACUCUGGAAAGAAGGUUGCAUUAUGGGUUUUGUGAACAAAGACAAGGAGAAGUUGCUCCUCAGCACGAAGCAGCCAGGGACCUUCCUGCUGAGGUUCAGCGAGAGUGCCAGGGACGGAGGCAUCACCUUCUCCUGGGUGGAGUUUUUCCAAGACGAGACCCCCAAUGUCCGGACGGUGCAGCCAUUCACUAAGACAGACCUUUCCCAGAUCCCCUUCUCCGAAAUCAUUUGCAACUUCCAGUUCCUGGAGGUGUUAAACAUUCCUGAAAACCCUCUGAAGUUCCUGUAUCCCAACAUCCCGAGAGAUGAGGCAUUCGGGAAAUACUGCAAGGAGAAGAAAGGAGAUGAAAACCUCUACCGAAAAUACAGGAAGACAAAAUUGGUGUUUAUCUCUCAAGAGAACAUCCUGAAUGGUAAUCUUGAUUUGGAUUCACUGCACGACCCUCAGAGUGGAUUUCCUGACGACGACUUUUGUGACGUACAGAUAGAGGAGAGGUUUGAUUCAUUGUCAGAUAAAGAGCUGACCUGUGACAUCCUCAAGAACGAUCUCUUCUUGGUUGACCGAGAUGACAUGGAUAACAGUCUUGGUCUUGCCGAGGAAGACAUACCCCCGGACAAUCACUUCCUAAAUGGUAUUGAAGAGCACUUGCAGCUGCUGUAGGGGUCAUCAGCAGUUGUGCCUGACUGCUAUGUGCAUUUCAUCCAAGCACAACCGUAUUCCCCACAUACACGUGCCAUCGCCCCCUACUGGGCCGCAAGGCUCAUUGCACCUUAUAUUUGUUUAUUCUCUCCGGUGGUACUGUUAGAACCCUAUAGAUGUUUUCUUGUGUAGAUACUCAAAUGCACUUAUUUGAAUUCUGUCUCAGCUAAAUAUACUUAAAUAAUAUGUAAUUCGCCUCUUCCUGUAGAUGACAGUUCUGCUUCCUUGCUCACUUUUCUCCAGUUUCCAGAUUGCUUGCAGCCAGAUGUUCAGCUGCACCCCUGAGACACUUCUGACCUGCACUUCUGUCCCAUUAGGUUAAUGUCUAUAUAUUAGUAAUUGAUCAGAAUAUCGGUUGGCCAAUAAAAUUGAAUAUAAUAAUAAGGAUUAAAAAAAAAACUCACAGAUCAAUCAUCGAUAGUAUCUGUUUACUUAUUUAUGAUGAGACAAGGGGCUCUUUCACUUGAACAAAAAAAGCUUACGUAAGUGGCUAUUAUAUAUUUAUAUUAUUUUCUAGUUUCUGUGUUUGAGUUUGUGAAACUGACAAUAAUUUCAGUCAAAGAAGCACUGCUGAAUUAUCAAUGUCUAAUGUUUGACCAAUGUUUGGCUCCUUAAUGCAGAUAAACUGUAUGAUUCCUUUAUCUGCUUCCUUGCUGGAGUUGCCUGUUUUUUUUCAUCCAUCCAGUUUCAGCCACGAUUCUGCGCUUAAUGGAAAUGCCAUGUUAAUAUAGCCACUUUUUUUUCACGGAUUGAAGGAGUGAUCUCUUGUUUGUGCACUUCGUUAUCCCCCGUUGCACUCCUUCCACUAAUGCACUUUAACGUUACUGUGAUAUUCUGUCAUCUCAGAGGGGAUAUUCAAAGUUACUUUGUACUCCUGUCUAACAUGGAGUUUUUGAGAACAUCCACCAUGUUGUUAUAAAUAAUGUCUUAAAAAUUGCAGUAAAUUCUUUUCUGAACUUUG